AUGACCAUGAGUCAGGUGACCGUUUUGAAACUUUAUAACUCUGUAGUAGAUGAUGUGAUUGCUGGCGUGCGAGAUUGUUUCCUUGAUGACGGUGUGGACGAACAAGUAUUACAAGAGUUAAAACAAUUAUGGAAAUCAAAAUUAGUUGCUAGCGGCGCGAUGGACCCUGCACCUGAACCUCCGAUGCAACAAAUACCGCAGCCACCUGUAUUACAACAUUUUCAAAAGGUCAAUGGUAACAAUUUAUUGUCAAAAAGAGGUGACAUAGGGCCACAAACUUCUGGCCAGUCAGGGGUGGAUCAUGGAACGCCUGCUCCGAACAUGGGUCAUCCUCACCCAGUACUUGACCCUAAUAAUAAGGUACCUGUUCAACUAACACUACCGGCACAACCAAGUGUGCCUGGAUCUCAACCACGUUCCUUUACUAUUCAAAUUCCAGCAUCUGCACUUAAUGGUAAUAAACUUCAUCAAGUAUUAACUGGACCUAUAAUUAAUGCAACAAUUAAUUUACCGCAACCAUUGGCUGCAACACUUCUUCAGCAACAUAUAAACUCUGCACUGGCAGGUCAACAGAAUGAAUAUGAUGGAGGUGGUGGUGGUGGUCGUAGUGGUGCUGCACCCUUUUCUCUUGAUGGUGCUUUAGAUUCUUCUGAUGAUGAAGGGUCCAACGUGGGGGAUGGUUCGGAAGAUGCUGCUGGUGAUGAUGAUGAAGAUGAGGAUUCAGUUGAAGAAAGAGCUGAAGAGGAAGAAGAAGAAAGAGAUGAGUUUGGAGGAGCGGAGGAAGAACCAUUAAACUCUGGUGAUGAUGUUUCUGAUGAGGAACCUGGUGACAUGUUUGACACUGACAAUGUGGUAGUAUGCCAAUAUGACAAGAUUACACGUACAAGGAAUAAGUGGAAAUUUUAUUUCAAAGAUGGUAUUAUGAAUCUAGCUGGAAAAGAUUAUGUUUUUCAAAAGGCCAAUGGUGAUGCAGAGUGGUAA